AUGAAACAGUCGAAACUUCCAGGGGAGGAACCAGCCACGCUGCAAGAGUGGGGGUCCAAACCACAAGAAGAAUUGCAGCUUCCGGUAUUCGCAGGCCUCACUAAUCUGCUCGCCAUGAGCCACCAAGCAGGUGUGAUGGACAACAGAGAUGCUAUCGAUGGAGCAAAGACAACAAAUGCCUUUGAAGCCAACAUUGAUAUCACUAAGGUCGCGCAAGCAGCUAUUGGCUAUAGGCCAAAGAAUCAUCAAGCAUCCGAUAUGGAAAGCAUUAAGGCAUUGCUACGAAAUUUUCUAGAUGAUAUCAAAGAACCCCAAACAGAGCGCUCUUCCUACUUCGAUGGGCUUCUUUCACAGUGGCUCGAGAUAUGGCGGAAAGAUCGAACUCACAGUCAUCUAAUCUACGUUCUGGGCGAUCGCAGUGAGCAGUACGAAGGUCGGUUGCUCGACUACCACGACUUAGAGACUAUUGACAAAAUCAAGACACGCCUCCUUGAGCAACAAUGCUUGCAACGGGGUGUUUGCCUUCACCUGGCGAAGAUGACGAGUGCAGUCAACACGGAUCCUGACGAUGCCUUCGAGUUGAAGAUGGCUAUCAGUCUUCACGAGAUACGUGAUCUCAGUGGGGGACUACUUGGCAACAAGCCUGUUGCUGUGGGCAGGGAGAGUCUUCUCCAGAAAGGCAUUUUGAAGCAGAGAUACCACCAACGAAUCGCACGUCAAAACCCUUAUCCCAGUCCCACCGACGGAACCCCAUCCGUCCAGACAGAUACCGCGAAGAGCUUCCAGGAUUGGGUAUUGUUGAUCAUGCCGGAAGGCUACCGAUUUAAGUUCUUGACGGCCAACGCUGAUCCUGAGGCGCUUCAUGACUGGAUCAAAACACAAUCAGCAGACCUACCGCCAUCGGAAACCGAUCUAGCAGGGGCGGAUCCAAACGCGCGUUGGGGCUUGGGAUUGGCGUGCAAGACUCAGUUGAACAAUAUCGGCGCAUGGCUUACCACUGGCUCGAGCCGUGGAAUUGUUCGAGAACACAAAGAGCAAUCUGCAAUGCUAGAAGCCGUUUUUCGCGCCUCUAUCAGACUUCGAGACUCAGACCUUUUCCAAAAGGCCGUCACUUUGAAUCCAAGUAUGCUAUCCUUGGACAUGUGGGAAGAAUUGGGUAGCACAAUGGAGCUAGCUCAGUUCUUCUCGUAUCGGAGCUUUCUCAAUCAAGCAUUAACGAAGAUCAACUCUUUUCAGGAUCGCUACAUCAUCUUACAGAGCAUUUGUGUGGGAUGCGAGAAACAGAACGAGCCGCAAGAGAUUAUGAAGAAUGUCCACAAAUGGAUUCCAGACCACAUCGAGCAGGCAUUGAAUGAGAUAGACCGAGUUGAGGAGAACGAUGGGGCUAUGCUCGUCCUGGUCGCCAAGAGAUUCGCCAAGGAGAUUCCCAUGCAUCGGUUCAUUUCCUUCGCAAAGAGACAUAGCUCCAGUCAUGCCUUUGCCAUCGAGUUUGCUUUCUUUCUUUACGAUGAGCUUGUUGAGGGUACAAUGGACGCGGGAUCUGCCAGAUAUGCUCUUGCCGAGAUACUCUCCGCCUCAAUCCCAGCCUUAUGCGCGCGAGGCGCUUACAAUUGGUCUCUUUACCAAGGAUCCCGAUACUCAACGUUUGCCAAUGCCACGCCUCAAGAGCAGCAAAGGUUGCAAGCAGACCGCAUGGCGCGUUUAGUGCGUUGCUGUCUUACAGUGGGUCUUUACAACGAAGAACAUGCACUUCUCCGGUACAUGUGGCUAGGCGCAAACGUAGCUGAUGCCCCCACCUUACAAUACGUCUUCCUACCAUAUCUCAAGGAGCUACUGGCGGUAAUGCAAGACUAUCUCAUCCCGCUGAUGACGCGAAUCUACCAAUGGCAGUUCCAACAAGUCAUAUCCCUCUUCAUCACCCGCUACAUAGGCAAAGAGCCGACACCGCUAUCCAUGGACCUCACCUGCCCGCCCCUCGGAUGUGCGAAUUCUACAAGGCCAUACGGCUGUCCUACCUGCCUUGAGCUAGACGCUUUCCUAGUAGACCCACACCGGAGAACGGCAGAUGUCACAGGCGGCAUCGACGCACCGGAGCACGUGGCCGCCCAAUUUCAAGGCACCGACUACCUGCAGAUGACCGUCAUGUCACACAGUGCCGUGAAGAUGCUGUCUACGAUACGGAUUACGAAGAAUCUGAUCAAGUCCGAGGAGCCGGAUGCGAGACACGAUUUGUGGAAGGAGAGGGUGAUCAAGGCGAAUGAUCUGAUCCAGGCUGUUUGUGGAGAUGAUGAGUGGAAGAUGCUGUUAGGGGAAAAGUAUGAGGAGUGUAUGGGGUUGAAGGCGCAUGGUACGAUUGGCGUGCAAUGGCGAAAGCUACCGUUCGCCACGCCUGAUUUCGGCUCGUCGCCCGAGUUUGCGACUCACAACCCAAUGCCUUCGGGGCAUGGAGGAUCGGCAGCAUGUUACACCUGGGCCGCUAACGUCUGUGGACAAAUCUUACCAACUGUCUACGAGAGAGACUCGCCGCUCAUCUCGAACAUGAUAGCUGCCGCUAAGGUCUUCGGAAUUAGCUUUGCUGCUUAUGCCGCCAGCGCAAAAUCUACCGAGUGCGACAAGCUCAACAUGGCCAGAAAUGCCACUGCAGCAGCCUUUGAUGCCAGCAGCCGUCGUGUUCGGCUUUUGGAGGCUUCCUCUACCACUUUCAACUUCCUCCACAGCGACAUACUCCAAGCAUACUUUUGUGCAUUGGCCAACUCCUUGGCUGCUUAUGCAGCCAAAGCAAAGUCUGCCUACCGGGACUCUGAAAGGCCGUGGACCUCACAGUCUUCGCCCAUGAGUGAGGCCUGGAACCGUGGGCAGAGCCUGUUGACUGGAAAAUCAGCACCGCAUCCUUUCCUGGAGCAACCAAAAUUGCACAUUGUCUGGUCAUGCAAUAGCGGCCCAGUCUCUUUGUCCGUCUCACGACGUUUCCUAUCAGACAAUGCGACCUCGAACAAGACCAGGUUAUCCCGAAAAGCGAGAAGUACUCCGACGAGCGCUGUUGCGGUACACCAGGUACCGGACGCCGAUGCCCAACACAACUGCAGCCAGGCAACAAACCUUGCGGAUGCGGUCAGCCGCAAUGUCCGCCUGGAUUUUGGCUGUGACCAUUCGCAUGGUGAUGGUGAUCAAGGUGGCCAGAUCAUGUGUCAGGUGAGGCUAGACAAAGCGAGUGACGGCCAGCGCACGGCGACAAAGGGGUUCUGGACAUUAUUUGGGCUGUCACUGCCUGGAUUAUCGGCACCGCCUGGCUUCUUCUUGGGUCAUGUUCUCACCACGGGUGGAGAUUCCCACAGUACACACCCACCCAUAUCAAUACCUGGCAUGAACACCACACCGCCACGGACACAGCCGAAAACUGGCCGGCAGGAGAUGACGAUAGGCUCGCCAAUUCCGGGGAACGUCUGA